AUGGAGAUUGGAGACGGCCAGACGGAGUCGCGGCCCUGUUCGCUGCUUCCUGUUUUGACGACUCGUUGGGUUGCAACUCCGAAGUCUUGCAGCACAAACCAAAGUCGACCUACUCUAGUUGUCUGGGCUGGCGGUGGCUACUCUGGGAUUGCGCAAUUCUUCUUCGACGAAUGGCGGAGGAGGAGGUGUCGUUGCUCGUCAAGCUGCCUCAGCCGAGAUCUCGAGCGGCGAGGUCUAGGCUCCGAUUGCAGUCGUGGCGACGAGUACCGGCGGCGUCCGGACCUUCGCGACGAUGACGCUGGGGAAGCAGCCGCAUAUGGCAUCCGACGGCGGGAUGAACGAGUUCCGGCAAUCUAUGAUGAUGACGAUGUUGUAGCACCGCAAAGAAGUUCCUGGAUCGGUCGACGAAAACUCAACCUACCGCCAGUAGUCUCUCGGAUGUGCCUCCGCAAAUUAAGGGCAAAAGCAGUCAAUUGA